AUGGCCGAUUCCAAUACUCCUGAGAGCCUGGUGGCCAGUGAGCCAAUCAGGAAGCGAAAGAGACGAUCGGGCAUCGCCUGCCGCCGAUGCCACCGGCUCAAGAUCAAGUGCUCCGGAGGGGUUCCUUGCCAGAGAUGCCAGAACGCCAAGGAGACCUCUUUGUGCGAGUACCCAUCUCGUGAAGCUAGAGUGACCAUCUCCGCCAGCUAUCUUGACCAGCUGCGCAGCGGCAGAGGAGACCUGGAACGCGGCGAGACUGUGCGCGAUGUCGCCCAUGUGAACUCCGCCGAGGUCUCGAUGGCGCCGGAGUCGCGCGCUCCCAGCCAGGCACCUCACAUCGACGCCGACAUCAGAAACCCGAUCCAUGAGCCGGGGAGGAUAUUCCAACUAGAUCAAGCCUCGCAGCAGCAGUUUGUCGGGGAGUCGACCUGUCUGGCAUUUGGCGACCGCAUCCUGCGAUGUCUCAACCCGCACUCUGCGACGCCCACGCCGCUCCAUCUCGACCAGCAGUACGUCCAAAGCCCGGUGUUCGCGCGACAGCAGCAUGAUGUGACUGGCUGCAAACUCCCCGAGCGCAUACGCGCCAACCUGCUCGUCCGGGUCGCCCUCAGGUUCAUCGGACAGGAUUAUCAUUUCUUCCUGCAUCAUGACUUCUUGCAACAGCUCGAGCGGGCGUAUGACUCGAGGGAAACGCCUCAGUAUGACUCCGUCUGGGCUUGCAAGUUCUUUGCUGUUCUCGCGCUCGGCGAGAUGUAUUCCACCUCCAUCCCGGCGGUCAAGAGCGAUCGCCACUGCUCGGUUCCUGGAACGGACUACUUCCUGACGGCUGUCGGUCUCCUACAGGACCUGUUUGAAGAGCCGUCAGUUGCUCAGAUUGAAGUCUUGUUGUUGUUUUGCUUCUAUUCGAACGCCCUCGGGCGAGUCAAGUCAGCACACAUGUACAGUGGCAUGGCUGUGCGACACGCAACCUGCCUCGGCCUUCACCGAAGCACGUCGGCAAGCACAUGCCUGUCGCCGAUCGAACGGGAGCAUCGGAUCCGUCUGUGGUGGACCGUCUAUGUGUUUGACAGGUCAACCUGCUCCAAGCUCGGGCAGCCAUUGACCAUACAAGACUCCGAUAUCGAUGUGGAAAUGCCGUCGUCCGAUGGGAUCGCUGUGAACGACCCCUCAAAGCUCGGAGACCCGGAUAUCUUGAUUGCCCACAUCAGCUUGUCACAAAUCACCGGCCUCAUCAUGUCGGACAUCUACAAGCCUCCUUCCAAGUCGAGCAGCGGAAAGUUCGUCCAGCACGUCCGCGCCAUCUUGCAGAAGUUGAGGACGUGGGAUGCACACCUUCCCGUCGGUCUGCGAUGGAAACCAGAAGGCGGUGUGAGACGGUCUGUGGCGUCUUUACAGCUGCACUUCAACCAGUGCAUCAUCCUGACCACCCGCCCCAUCUUGCUCUACGUGUUGAAGGUCAAGAACCCCUUCAAUCCCGCCGACGCCAGCACGAGACCGAUCUCAGACACGACCAGAUCACUGGCCGACUCGUGCAUCUCCGCCGCUCGGACUUCGAACAGCAUUCUCUCGCAGCUCUUUGUUGAUAACUCACUUGCCACCUGUGGCUACUUUGAUGCUCACCACUUGUUCGCCUCCACACUAGUUCUCAUCAUAUCGGCCAUCACAUCUCCCAACUCGGGAGACUCUGACGCUGUUCAGACUGCGUUCCAACUGCUCAUGGUCAUGCGGGACAACGGAAACAUUGCUGCCGGCCAGUACUUCUCGCGGCUGGUGCAGAUACAGUGGAGCGUCAGCCGGCUCUACUCCCGGACAACCCCGGCGAUUGAGACGUCGGCUCCCUCCAAUGAAGAGCCGGCCGCCAUGGGCACACACCUCACGCCGUCCAACCCGCCGCCGCCGGGCACGCUGGGUCUGGACAACUACGACUGGAGCAACUUCUUUAUGCCCAACUCGUUCUACCCGAGCUACGACGGCGAAGAGCCAGAGACGAUGACGGCUGAUCCGCUAGACAACCCCUUGCUCCAGGCAUUCCUCGAUCACACGGAUGCGAGCAGGGAGGACAACCCGAGUCUGAGCAUCGAGGAAAUGGGAUACGUACUGCAGCAGUUUCAGACUUCAUCUUCGUAG